UUAUCUUACGGCUGCCGCUCCAUUUUGGUCUAUGAGAGCAAAUUGGGGGUAUUGGGAGUGUGGUGUUGCCAUUUCUUAGUGUCUUCCUUGUUGAUGAUUUUUUGUAGUUAAGUUGUUGUUUGAAGAUUGCAGCAGGUUGUAGUUAGACUUUUAGAAUAAGGCUUUGUAUAUGUGAGUGAGUUUACUCCACGUUUUAUCAAUUCUGGCUGUGACUUGUCGUGUGUCUAAUCAGGGAGACAUUUUGUUUUGCAAGUCUGCGACUAAGUGUUGCUAUCUUCGCAGCAGUGGCGAAUUUCUGGGAUGUGCAAUUUUCAGCGUGUGAAUAAUUGCUUGCAAGUUUGGGGAUGGAGAGUUGGAGAUUUUCAGGUGAAGAGCAGUUAAUUAGCAAUCCAGUGGACAAAUUUCAUAACUCUUCAAUGCACAGCUUGAAAGGUUUUGGAUGGGAAGAGAGCCGGCGAGACCAUUCUAAACAUCGAGGAACAGAAGACAGAAGGCGGGAGCGUGAUGCUAGAGAGCGGCGAUUCGAAAAGGAGGGCAGAGCGCCACAACGAGAUCACGUAUACGAGAAACGGAGUAGUCAAGAACGAUUGGGGACAGGAGAUCGAAAAGAAAGGGGGAGAGACUGCAAGCGCCGCAAGAGGGCCACACCCCCUGGCGUUAACAAAGACAGGCGUCAAAGCCCUUUUCCUCGACGAUCUCCCCCAUAUAAACGCCGCUGGGAUGUGCUUGAAGGUAGUCGCAAGAAAAACCUUGAAGAUGAUGGUGGUCGAGGACUAGCAAAUGACAGCAGGCUUGAAGGAUUUGGCGGGGCGGGGUUAUUCUUGUCAGGAAAAAUGAAAAGUCGAAGUAGUUGUAAUUGUGCAAAACUUCAAGGUUUCAGCAUCGGACCGUAUCCCUCAAUUUCUUACGAUGACUCUUCUGCUCCACAAAAUGGAGGUUUGUUGACAUACAAACAGUUAAUUUUGGAGCUAGAAGAUGAUAUAUUACCAGGAGAUGCGCAGCGUAGUUGUUUUGCAUGCCGAUUAAAAGGAAGAAUGUCCAGGUUGCGGGAAAAGUACGACCCAGCAAGGCUUGAGGCUGUCCUUGCAAGGAGGAAUGAGAGAGCCAAAAUUCUAGCAAAAGAGUUGCUAUCAGAGCUUCAAGCUGGCUUCCUUGAAUCAGGUCCUAGCAUGGAAACCCCAACCAACAAGGUGCCUGAAAGUGACUCAGGGUAUGAAGUAAAGAAGAGAAAGUCCCUCCGACUACAUUCUAGAGCUCAAAAAAAUAAUGUUGCUCCGACAGAAUGUCCAGGAUGUUCUGAACCGAGAAGAGUCAUUAUUGAUAUUGAGCUAGCGAGGUCUCUCAUAAAGAAGUUGGAUGCUGAGAAAGGAAUCGGCGAUAACAUUUUAUUGGCAGAUGAAAAUUCUGAAGGUGAUGUGACUGAGGUAGGGUCAACGGCGACAACGAGAUCUUUUAAACAGGUUAAGGAUUUAGAGGAUGUUGAACUUUCGGAGGUGAUGCGUACAUAUCUGUGGCGUGUUCAUUUUCUGGACUAUUAUGGCAUGAUUGAAUACAAGGAACAGCCAAAGAAGUUUCGGAUCAUAACAUCUACGGAAUCCAAAAGCAAAGGAGGUUCCAAUAGCAACAUAGAGGAGAGCAUGUUCGCAGAGUGGGAUAAGAAAUUAGAGACUACCUGGCAAGCUAGGCUUCAGAGUGGUGAUCUCAUAGAAUUUAUGCUUGGUAAAGAAUCACUGCAGUCCACAGGUAGUGAUGCUUUGGACACUUUUGUGCGUAAAAUUCGGGAUGAGAAAUAUGGUUGGAAGUAUGGGUGUGGUGCUAAAGGAUGUACCAAAUUUUUUUUAAUUGACCAGAAUUUGUUCAUAAGCAUCUGAAGUUGAAGCACCCUGACUUGAUGACUGACGCAAUUGUCAAGGCUCGAGAGGAAUUGUACUUUCAAAAUUAUAUGAG